AUGCGGCAGAUGCUCUCCCAGCUGUUGCUGCCGUCCGCUGCUGCUCGCCCGCUCAGCGUCAGGCUCUCCCCUUUGGCCUGGCUCGCACGGCCUCGAGCAAUUCUCUCCGCUUCUACUGCCUGUGCCUCCCUGCUGGGGGCUGGUGAGGCGGGGAGAGGGAGUGCGGCAGGCAGGAAUGUUGAUUUGGACCUCCUUCCCAACACUCAACGCACUGCGCCAGUUUGGACCUCCUUCCAAACACUCAACGCACUGCGCCAGUUUGGACCUCCUUCCCAACACUCAACGCACUGCGCCAGUUUGGACCUCCUUCCCAACACUCAACGCACUGCGCCAGUUUGGACCUCCUUCCCAACACUCAACGCACUGCGCCAGUUUGGACCUCCUUCCCAACACUCAACGCACUGCGCCAGUUUGGACCUCCUUCCCAACACUCAACGCACUGCGCCAGUUUGGACCUCCUUCCCAACACUCAACGCACUGCGCCAGUUUGGACCUCCUUCCCAACACUCAACGCACUGCGCCAGUUUGGACCUCCUUCCCAACACUCAACGCACUGCGCCAGUUUGGACCUCCUUCCCAACACUCAACGCACUGCGCCAGUUUGGACCUCCUUCCCAACACUCAACGCACUGCGCCAGUUUGGACCUCCUUCCCAACACUCAACGCACUGCGCCAGUUUGGACCUCCUUCCCAACACUCAACGCACUGCGCCAGUUUGGACCUCCUUCCCAACACUCAACGCACUGCGCCAGUUUGGACCUCCUUCCCAACACUCAACGCACUGCGCCAGUUUGGACCUCCUUCCCAACACUCAACGCACUGCGCCAGUUUGGACCUCCUUCCCAACACUCAACGCACUGCGCCAGUUUGGACCUCCUUCCCAACACUCAACGCACUGCGCCAGUUUGGACCUCCUUCCCAACACUCAACGCACUGCGCCAGUUUGGACCUCCUUCCCAACACUCAACGCACUGCGCCAGUUUGGACCUCCUUCCCAACACUCAACGCACUGCGCCAGUUUGGACCUCCUUCCCAACACUCAACGCACUGCGCCAGUUUGGACCUCCUUCCCAACACUCAACGCACUGCGCCAGUUUGGACCUCCUUCCCAACACUCAACGCACUGCGCCAGUUUGGACCUCCUUCCCAACACUCAACGCACUGCGCCAGUUUGGACCUCCUUCCCAACACUCAACGCACUGCGCCAGUUUGGACCUCCUUCCCAACACUCAACGCACUGCGCCAGUUUAA